GUGGCCUUAUCUUGCAGCAAAACACUCUAUGUAACAAGGAAUCCCUGAUAUAUUUAAAAUCUUUACUGCUGAGGAGUUGAGAAAGGCCACCGAUAACUGUGAUGAGAGCACCAUAGUUGGCAUGCAGAGGAGGCUUUGCAAAGGGAUUUUAUCGGAUAACGGAGAAGUUGCCAUCAAGGAGUCGAUAAGAUUUAUAAGGUAUUUUAUAAAAUUUACAUUGGAAUUUGGUUGAAAUCAUAAUUAUAUCCUUGCGUUUUGAAUUUUAAACAAAAUUGUCCCUAAACUUUAAUUUCAUCUACAAAAAGCUGCAAAUUCAAGAUAUUGGUCAUGGAUUAAACAAAUUAAUUUGCAAAUUCAGAGUAAUUACAAAUUGGGUUAGAAAAUUUCAACUCUAACGCAUGUUCUCUAGUUGCAAAUUAAAUGAUCAUUGUUAGUUUGAGAAUUCCUUUCAUGAGAUACAGUGGAUGACAGAUGACUUGAAUUGAAUCUGCUGGCUGUUUUAUUUUUCUUUAAUCUUUGGUUGUAACAACCGAUUUGUUGGCAACUAAGCUUUUAAAUAUGUUCCUUUCAUGAGUUAUUAUCAAUUUGUCAUUAAUGUGACCCUUCUUAUAUUUUAUUUUUUCGAAAUCAGUAAAUUUCUUUUAAUAUGGCCCUCUUACAAGGCAUUUGCAGAUGAAUAUCGUUACUGAGAGUUAGCAUCACUCUUAUAUAUGCAUCUAUUAUUCUAAAUCUUCCACAUAUAAUUUGCAAGUCCUCUCACGUAAGCAACAUUUUGAUAUCCAACGGCAUGCCAGGCGCUGGAAUUGGUCUUCCUUGUUGGUGACAACAAAGAGAUCAACAGUACAGGAAAUUUUCUCCAGAAUUCCAUUCAGGAAACUAUCUUAGAGAAAAUAAAAAUAAAAAGAAAGAAGGGAGAAGCUGCUAUGGGAUUCCAAGGAAUGCUAAUGAAAUUUGCGCUAAUAGGGUUGUUAGUAGCUGCAGCAGCAACACAAGAAUUUACAGUGGCCAAACCUGGCUGCCAAGAUAGAUGUGGGAAUAUCAGCAUCCCAUAUCCAUUUGGCUUGACAGAUGACUGCUACUUGGAUCCUGAAUUCCUCAUAACUUGUAAUGAAACUUUUGAUCCUCCACGAGCAUUUUUAACAGAAAGUCGAAUCAUUGUAACAGAGAUAACGCUAGAAGGAAAGCUGCACAUCAUUACAUUUGUAUCUCGAGAUUGCUAUAACACUAAUUCAGGCACAGCUGCUGAUGACAACACAUCCUGGUCCAUGCUCAGGCUAAGUAAAUUCGUCGUCUCUGAUACUGAUAAUAUGUUCGUUGCUAUAGGUUGUAACACUGAAGCAACCGUCCUUGGUUCCCUAGCCGUGAACCAUUCUUAUGUAUACAAGGUUGUUGCCAGACUUCACUUGCCAAAAGGAGUACCUUACUUCAAUGUAACAGUGAGCAGCUACCAGAGUGAUACUUCCAUCGCAGACAUCAGUCCCUGCAGCUAUACCUUCAUUAAAGAGACAAAGUCCUUCAAAUUUGCUUCGACUAAUUUUUCUGAUCUGAGGUACGUUGCAAGACUUCCUCUGGUGCUGGAUUGGAAUAUUGGGGUUCAAUUUCUACCCCGUAAAUUGCUUCACCUGUACGCCUCAGAACAGAGCUCACUACUCGAUGCUAAUAGCUUCUUUUGCGAUGUUUCUGUUUCUUUUGUUGGAACCUAAUUCAAACAUGAUUGAUUUAGUCUU